UUUUAAUUGAGCCAAUACCAUUCCUCAAAGUCCACAAGAGUUCAAAUUCCAUUUUCAUGUGAAGCUCUUCUCUCACACUAUUCCUCUAGUUUAGUUGCAGAGAAGACAGAAAUGGAGCAACAACAAGAGAAGACAUCAAACAACCAGCGAUUAGCAUCACAGACUAAGGAUUAUGAAGAAGAAGAAGUCGAACAAGUCAGCAAUGGAAAAUCCAGAAAGUGGUUAGAAUUAACACUUGGAAGAAACAUGUCAUCAGCAAUGGAGAAUUCUUCAGAUUCCCAAAACAAACCUUCUCCUCUUAAGGUGUUUUCCUGCAACUUUUGCAUGAGAAAAUUCUACAGUUCACAAGCUUUAGGAGGCCAUCAAAACGCGCACAAAAGAGAAAGAGGAGCAGCUAAAAGAACUCAUCAGUCACAUAAGAUGAUAUUGAGCCUACCUUUUUCACCUUCCUUAAUUCAUUCACUGACAGUUCAGCCUCACUCAGUUCAACCUCACUCUGUAGUUAAUAAACUAAAGGUUGAAGGAGGUAUGGCCAUGGCAGCAAGAUUCCAAGAUGUUCAGAUGAUUUGGCAUCCUAUUGCUCUUAAGGAAGGAAGAAAUAUUUCUUGGCCGGGUAGUUUCCAGUUGAAGUCACAAGAUUCUGAGAAGCCAUCAGAACUCCAUCAGAUUGAUUUGAAUCUGAAACUCUGAUAUGUUUAUUCACUUCCUUCCAUUUUUGCAUCCCAAGCUCUCUUUUUUUCAGUCUUAAUGAUCAGUUGAUGCUGUCUAUCUUAUCAAACUAACUUCAGAGCACCAUAAAUAUUGUUCUGUACGGGGAAGAAACACUAGUAUUAAAAAAACCAAUGAGUUUGAGAUUGUCGUGUGUAUACAGAUUAUUCCAGGGAGUUUGAUUGAUUGAUUCACUGGCACACAGCUAUGCUGGUUGAUUUCUUUAUAUCUUUCAAAAAUAAAUCUUUAAAUGAUAUUUUGGUUUAUUUUA